GAGGGGCUGAAGGUAUCGUGGGGGGGUUGGAGUACACACGCAUCAGGUUAGGUUGUGAUUGCGGCCUGGGCUGGGAGUCUGUGACCGAGGGAAGAUCCUUCAGGAACCAUGUCGGCUUCGGGAGCCUUGUUCCCCAGCCUGGUGGCCGGGAAUCGCGGUUCCUCUAGUAAGUACCUGGUGGAGUUCCGCGCCGGCAAGAUGUCGCUGAAGGGGUCGACGGUGACGCCGGACAAGCGCAAGGGCCAAGUGUACAUCCAACAGACGGAUGACUCACUGAUCCACUUUUGCUGGAAGGACCGCACCGCCGGCACCGUAGAGGAUGACCUGAUCAUUUUUCCAGAUGACUGUGAGUUUAAAAGAGUGGCCCAGUGUACUACUGGUCGAGUGUACGUGCUGAAGUUCAAAGCAGGAUCCAAACGGCUUUUCUUUUGGAUGCAGGAGCCUAAAGCUGACAAAGAUGAAGAGUUUUGUCGUAAAGUGAAUGAAUAUCUGAACAACCCUCCGAUGCCUGGUGCUUUGGGUGGUGGUGGCAGCAGUGGAGGUCAUGACCUAGCUGCACUUGGAGGAGACAGUGGUCUGCAAAGUCUUUUGGGUAACAUGAGUCCUAACCAGCUGAUGCAGCUGAUGGGAGCAACCGGUUUAGGUGGACUUGGUAGCCUUGGUGCUCUGGCAGGUCCAGCUGGUCUUGCUGGCUUACUUGGCAGUGGGGGUCCCUCAGGUGGUAAUACUUCUUCAGGCUCACGAAGCCAGACUGCGGCCAUUACUCCGUCCUCAACGAGCUCUGCAGUUCGUAUGACUUCAGUGCCUUCUGUUGCGGCAGCAAUGGCGCCAGUGCCAUCCCCGAGUGUGGCAUCCACGGGUGUGCCAGCCGCAGCAGCACUAACUACACCAGCAGCACCUAGCUCGGGUUCUACGGCUCUUUCCGGCCCUGCUUCUGGAUCUGGGUCUGUCACAGCAUCGGGAUCUGCAACAAGCCCAGCACAGCCCAUUCAGCUGCGUGACUUGCAGAGUAUCCUGGCUAGCAUGUCUGUUCCAGCUGCAACAGAAGGGACAGGACAGCAGGCAGUGGAUUUAGCCAGUGUAUUGACACCAGAGGUUAUGGCUCCUAUCCUGGCGAAUGCGGAGGUUCAGGAACGAUUGUUACCAUACCUUCCAACAGGGGAAUUACUACCUCAGCCUGCAGAGGAAAUCCAAAAUACAAUAACAUCGCCUCAGUUUCAACAGGCUAUGAGUAUGUUCAGUGCUGCACUGGCUUCAGGACAGCUGGGUCCUUUGAUGAGUCAGUUUGGAUUACCGGCAGAGGCUGUGGAGGCAGCUGGAAAGGGGGAUGUGGAAGGAUUUGCCAAAGCCAUGCAAAACAGUUCUGCAUCUUCAAAAGCACAGUCCGAUGAAAAGGAGGGAGACAGUGAUUCAAAGGAUAAAAAAGAUGAAGAGGAGGAUAUGAGUUUAGACUGAAUAAUACUCAGUUUUUUCUUUAAACCCUUUGUAAAAGUUAAUGUAAUGAUUAAUGCAUUUAGUUUUAAUGAAUAAUAAAUCGUGAUUGUCUUCUAUUAAUCCCAAAA